UUCAAUAUGUACAUAAACCUAAACGAACAAAGCCCAUUCAAUAUCUACAUAGCCUAAAUAGAGAGAGACGCCUUACUUUCUCUCUCUCAAUCGGCGCUCCACUCCCUCUCUCUCAAUCGGCGCCUCGUCCUAUCUCUCUCAAUCGGCGGAUUCCGAAUAGGAUUAAUCGAGCUUUUCUUCAUCUGCUAAUCUCGUAUUGUUUUCGGGUAUUAAUGAAGAUUUUGGAAGGGGAUUCUGAGUGUGGCAUAAUGAAUAAAAGUGCCAAAAAGAAUCGUUUAUCUGUAAGAAAAGAAACGAAACUGAGAGAUAAUUUGUUUGCAAAUCUACCGGAAGAGAUUACGUUAGAGAUCUUACGAAGACUCACCAUUAGGAGCGUUAUGACAUGCAAGUGUGUUUUUAAAUCAUGGCCCCAUCUAAUUGAGGGGGGUGGCUUUGGGAUGUCGUAUACUCCGAAACCAGACCUUUUUUUCGUGUAUGGAGACAUGGAAAUGCGUUACGUUGUCUGCGAUGAGGCCUUAAAGCCACUUUUCCGAUUCGGUUCGCCUUCUCAUAAUCAAUUUUCUACUGCUCACUAUCGUGUUAUGGUUGCUUCAGCUAAUGGUUUGCUUUCAGUCUGGGAUCAACGGGAUAACAUUCUAUUUAUAUGCAAUCCAAUGACUCGUGAGCAUGUCGAGCUCCCUCCUCUAUCUAAGUACAAAAAAAAUUAUUCCUUUUCGGGAUUUGGAGUGAGCAAAACACGUGGCCAAUAUAAGAUUGUAUAUGUUGAUAUAGAUAGCUGUUGGGUAUACACUCUAGGAACAGGGUCGUGGAGAAGCAUUGAAGCAUUUAAUCCAGGCAUUUUUUCGCUGGAUUUUGAUACUGCUGCAUUUUUUAAUGGAAAUCUUCACUGGUUGACAUAUGAUUCGAAAGAAAAUCGCUUUAUUUGUUGCUUUGAUUUGGAAACUGAGCUCUUUACCCGUUUUUACCUUCCUCGUGAGUUCAAUAGCGAUACAUAUCUCUACAAGCGGAUAUAUAUUUUUGAGGGUCGGCUAUGCUUAUGUGGUAUUUUAGAUUUGCGUCAUAUCGUUAUUUGGAUGAUGAACAACUAUGGAGAUGAUAAUUCUUGGAUAAAGGAAUAUAGCUUUGAUAUGCCCGCAGAUUAUUCAAAAAUGCGCGGGCUCAAAGUCUUGGUGAAUGGUGAGUUGUUGAUAGCAAUACCAGGUUUUUAUAUGUGCACAACUCAUGAUCGACUUUUUUUUAUCGACCCCAAAAACACUGAAGCUCCGGUGGCAUAUAAGACAUAUGGUCAUUUGGAACAAAAUUAUUCAUCCAAUAUUGCUGCUUAUACCCCAAGCUUAAUUUCGCUCACCACCAUGGGGUGUCAUAAUGUUCAGCCGUUAAAUUUUUUGUACUAUUAGUUAAACAUAUAAAUAGUUUGUACUUGUGUAUUUCUAGCUUAGUUAUGUGAUUCUUAUUUGCAUAAUCGUAAACUUCUUUGCUAUCUAUAAAAUUUGUCAACGUUUGUUAUUUAA